CGGAGCAGGCAGCUUACUGAACACUGAGCCCCUGUAACCCACAGCUUCCUGAUCGAUGGGAGUGAGCGAGUUCCCGGACAGCAGGGUAAAGGCGACCCUCACGAUUAUGCGCAGAUCUCCUGAUGUGAGCCCCCGUAGAUUAUCAGAUGUCAGCCCCCAGCUCCGCCAGCUCAAAUACCUGGUCGUGGAUGAAUGCAUCAAGGAGGAUCUGAAAGCAUCUAGAUCAUUUGAGGAUUUGAGCAGUAUCUCCUCGGCUGGCCUCAGUUCCAUUGAGGAACGUAUCCUUAGGAUCACCGGUUAUUAUGGUUACCAACCCUGGUCUCUCCGUUCCUCCAGAGAUGAGUGCCCGGCAGAAGCAAGUGGGAGCAGAGUUGGCGCGAGGGCAUCCCAGACAGAAGCGGAUACACGGGCAGAGCCCAGAGGAGGAGGAGGGCGGCGUCUGAGGCGUAGAACAGGACCAGCUUGUUGCCAGCAGCGGCACUGCUCUGUCAGGCAACUGAAGAAGGCCCUGUGGGGCUCAGCGGUGGUCCUCAGUGUCUGCUCAUCCUGGGCAGGCAACAACCAGCUUGCUCAAAUCACCUUCAGGACCUUUGACGCCCCCUUUGCUGUGACCUGGUUUGCCACCGUCUGGAACAUUCUCUUCUUCCCGUUAUACUAUGCCGGCCACUUUUGGAGUUCAGAGGAGAAACAAUCACCACGGCAAAGAUUCCGGGAAUGCUGGAGGUUUUUUGGGGAUGAUGGUUUGACCAUCAAACUGUUUUUCAGCAGGAUGGCCCCAUUCUGCGUCCUGUGGACUUUAACAAAUUACCUGUACUUCCUGGCCCUAAAGAAAAUCAGCGCAACAGAUACGUCUGCUCUGUUCUGCUGCAACAAGGCCUUUGUCUUCCUGCUUUCCUGGAUAGUUCUACGGGACAAGUUCAUGGGUGUUAGGAUAGUGGCUGCCAUCUUUGCCAUUGCGGGGAUAGUGAUGAUAACCUACGCUGAUGGUUUUCACAGUCACUCUGUCAUUGGCAUCACUCUGGUUGUAGCCUCAGCAUCCAUGUCAGCUCUUUACAAGCACUCUGUCCUCCGAGUGAAAAGGUCAAGGGUUCAAGCUCCAAUUGAGCAACUGGACCUCUUUAUCCAGGUUGACUGUCCCAGUGCAGUACUGAGGGAGUACCACACUGUUAAAUUUGUUGGAAUAUUAAAACAAGGCCCAAGGCCCUGCCUGUUCUCUAAGGGAAAUGGAAAAGAUCCCACAGACACUAUUUUGGAGAACUCCAGUAAGUGGGAGGAAGGUUAG